AUGCCGCCAAUCGAGUCGCAGGAUUCUGAACGAAGUCUGGCCACGAAAGACGAUGCCAAGGUGACCAAGCCUGGGGAGGUGGACCUUGAGCAAGUUGUCAAAGAUGCAGAAAAUGCCGAUGAUGAGAGGCUAGCUCGCGAGCUGUCGGAGUAUGACGACGUCGCCGACAGCAUUGUCGCUGCCGCCGUCCGAGAUGCCGAAACCAACAACCCUGAGGUGGAGAUCGAACUGGCGCGAGCGAAGCGGCAGCAGGAGAUCGCACAGGCAGUGGUCAUUCCCUCAGGUCCCGUUUACGACGUGCUCUCUUUAGUGGACAAGUACGGGGGGACCUCUGAGGUGUAUGAGAACCACAAAGUCGCUGCGCAG